ACGGCUUUUAUUUCAUAGUGCAAACUAAAGUGAAAAGAAAGGACUGCAGACGUUCGCAAAAAAAAUUGUUUAAUUUUAUUUACGGACAGUGUGCUUAGACAACAGAUAAUUUACUGCUAAUUCGGGUGUCAGUGGAUGCACUCAAAUCUGUGGAUAUUUAUUUGGCGCCGAAAACUUUCCUUUCUGCUCGUAGUGUCUGGCCUGGUGCUUCUAGGCCUUUGGACUUGGGCAAUACUAAUCGAUACGACAACCGCCUCGCAGCCACCUGCCGCCUCCUCCAGUUCUGAACGCCAACAGCAGCAGCAGCAGUCCUCUGGCUACCAGCAGGUGCACAUCAUCCAGAAGCUCAUUGCCCAGGCCAAUAGGGUGCUGAGAGCCGAGCGACUCAAGGAUAACGCCAUCGAGAAGUCACCUUCGCCUGUCCAGCGCUUGGGAAACGUGCGAUUCCUGCGACCCACGCAAGCGAAGAAGGCCCCGCUGCCCAUGUCCGAGAGCUAUCUAUUCGAGCAGGAGCGCCUGAAGAUCCUUGAGCAGCAGCAGCGUCAGAAGAACGCCGGGAUGGAGGAGUUGAAUGCCAACGGAGAGGAUGACCGAAUGCUCAGUUCGGCGGAGCGGCAGACGCAGUACGAGCACGAUCUCCAGCGGAUGGGGGUGCCGGUGGUGGCUGGAAUUGGGCCCGAUGGCCCGAAGGCUCCCACCGAGCGUCUGGUGCAUUUGGAUCUCAAGGGCGCUCCGCCCAAGCUGGGCUUCCUCAAGCAACUGCUGCCCAUGCUGCGUGCCCUGGGGGCCACCGGUCUGCUCAUCGAGUACGAGGACAUGUUCCCCUACAGCGGGGUUCUCCAGCCAUUGGCAGCGCGAAAUGCCUACAAGGAGGAUGAACUGAAGGACUUCCUGGAGUGUGCUGCUGUCCACGGUCUGACCGUGAUGCCCCUCGUCCAAACUUUCGGGCAUAUGGAGUACGUGCUCAAGCUGUCCGGUUUCGAGCAACUCCGAGAGCUGUCCGUCAGUCCGCAGUCGAUCUGCCCCAGCAAGCCGCAGAGUACGGCGCUGCUGGAACAGAUGAUCACCCAGGUGAUCGAGUUGCAUCUGCAGUGUUUGGGCCAGGCGACGCCCGCCUCCGCCGCUCCCACCGCACCGAUCCGGUUCACCCACAUCCAUAUCGGGUGCGACGAGGUGCAGCGCAUGGGCGAGUGCUCCUCCUGCCGCCAGAGGCUGCGCAGUGAGCUCUUCCUCUCGCACGUGGUCAGCCUGGCGCACUUCAUCCGCCGUCAGUGGCCCCAACUGGGAGUGGUCAUCUGGGACGACCAGCUGCGAUCGAUGUCACUCAGCGAGCUACAGCAGUCGCAGAUUGGGAACUACGUGGAGCCGAUGGUGUGGGUGUAUGCCAGCGACAUCUACCGCUUCAUUCAGCCCCAGCUGUGGGACACCUACGCUAAGGUCUUCGCCGGCGCCUGGACAGCGUCCUCUUACAAGGGAGCCUUCGGGGAGAGCUUGAUGGUGCCGCCGCUGCAGCAACAUCUGGAGAACAACAUCCGCUGGCUGGCGGUGAUUGCCAAGGAGGGGGGUCGCUUUUCCAAGGGAUUGCGAGGUCUGGCCCUGACCGGUUGGCAGCGAUACGAUCAUUUCGCCGUUCUCUGUGAACUACUGCCGGUGGGCAUCCCCAGUCUGAUGACGUCGCUGUCCACCGUCUCCAAGGGCUACUUUAGCACCAACCCAAAAGACAACGAGUUGCUUCGUGUCCUGCAGUGCGCCAUCCAGCCGGACAGCCGGCGAUCUGGUCAUCCGUGGCUGGAACUCAAUCCGAAUGCCCAUCACAGCCAGCUUUUCGCUGUCUGCAACUAUCCGGGGCACAUGAUCUACAAGUAUGUCCUUCGCCUGUUCGAUAAGCUGGCCGAGAUCGGGCUCUAUUUGCAGCAAACCCGCGACGAGAGCGCCUGGCUCUCCGACUACAAUGUGCGGCACAACUUCAGUUCGCCGCUAAGAGUGCGGGAACUGACCGCCAGGUCGCCGAUGCUCAUCGAGGAGCUGCGGAUGAUGGCGCGAGAGGCACAGCAGCUGCUGUGGGAGGUGUACGACGAGUACACCGUGACUGAGUUUGUGGAGCAGCACAUUUAUCCCAAAAUUGAGGCUUUGCAGCGCCAACUGGCCAGGGCAGAAUCUCUGCUCCAACGUCGCACUUGGCCACAGAGACCGUUUCCUCUGGUCUCGAAAGUGCAGGAGGACAUGGGACUGGUGACCAAUCAACAGCCACAAUAAACUUUUUCAGCAAAAAUAGGCCAGCUUAAAUUGGCCUGAACCCAGAUAUGAGUUCUUUUGCUUUUAUCGACUGAUCCCGCGUCGGCUGGGACUACAGGUUCUAAAUCUAAAUGUACUCGUAAAUUGAUGUCGUUCAAAACGCUCAAGUCCAGCACGGCUUAUAAGCCUGGAAAACAGAAGCAGCGUCAUUUUCCAAAAUACACAAUGGUAGCAUUAGCGUCUUGUAAUACUAAUAACAUUAAAUGUUCACUUUUUCUAGACUACUAUGUAAGCUUCAAAUCAAUUAUAAAAUAUACAUAAUAAUCGUACUUUAAUAAAAAUAAAUGGAACAUCUUUUA